UCUUCUUCUCUAAAUCUGUCUAUUUUCUAUCAUGAAUGCCGCGACGAUUUUCAGGUUUGGAGAUACCCAUCAGGAAUGGCAACUUAUUUACAAAGCCACCAAAGAUGGAUUCUCUUCACAAACAUUUCAUGAGAAAUGCGACGACUUUCCAAAAACAUUUACCGUUGUGGAGGUACGAAAACAGUCAUAUGAAUAAUGUAUUGAAAAACUAUCUGUUGUUUGAAUUUCUGUUUCUGGCGCAUGCAAGUCAAAUGAAGACAUAUGUUUGUGAUGUUGUCUCUGCACUCUUAAAAAGUGUAUACUAAAGCAACACACCUUUUAUGUCCAGAAAACAACACACCUUAAGGUGUAACAUGUUACAGUAACACACCUUAAGGUGUGUUAUUCGCUUGUCCAGAAAACAACACACCUUUAGGUGUGUUUUGAGAAAAGGUGUGUUUGUUAGCACGCCUUGGUGUGUUGCUGUGCUGUGCACGCCUUAAGGCGUGCUACAGUAACACACCUUAAAGUGUGCUGCUGUAACACACCUGAUUGAUUAACCUUAUAGAAAUCAAUAAAGACACUUUUAAGUCAAAAUAAUUUAUUAUCCAAGGCAAGCUGAAAAGUUCGCUUGCACGCGGUGGGAAUCUCAGAUGGUAGAGCAUAGAGCAUUGGACUAGCAAACCAAAGCUCGCGGGUACGAAUUCAGGGGCGUAGGAAGCACCUGGAGUUUGGGGGGGCACCGGCUUGUAGGGGCACAUUACUAUCGGAAAGGGCACCUAAAAAAUUUUUCCCGGAAAUUUCUCCUGAGGAAAAUUUUCCGUCGUAUCAUACCGAAAUUUAUGUUUGUGACCUAAUUUUUAAAAAAAAUUUUGUAAAUUUCCACACAAAAACGGCACCUAUUGUUUUAAUUUAGUAUUUACAGCGACAUUAGCUUCUACAAAAGGGGCACUUUUCCUCACAAAAAAGGGCACUUUUCAACACAAAAAGGGCACUUUUUAUCACAAAAAAGGGCACUUUUAGUCCUUUAAAAAAAUUUGGGGGGGCACGUGCCCCCCGUGCCCCCCCGCUUCCUACGCCCCUGGGUACGAUUCCCACCGCGGUGAAGUAAACUUUUUAGCUUGCCCGGUGUGGAGAUACUCAGAGACAACAUUAGAAACAUAUAUUUUCUCCCGAGUGCAUGUAAACACCAAAGACGAAAAAAUAUAUAUUGCUUAAUAUUUACACUUGCAACUGUUGCUGCGAUUCCUGGUACGAUAUUCUUCUUCUGAUGCAUGUGAAUGAGUAGAUUAUGUUAUGAAUGCUCCAAGCAUUGCAGUAUGACGUAUCAUCAAAAAUUAAUCCGCCAUUUUGGGUGGCAAAAUCUUUUGUUCAACCGACUGCUACACAGCUGUGGACCAUUAUGAAUCUUUAAAGUGCUCAAACAAAAGCAUAUAAGCCGCAGUCAGCGCCACAUCUUCCUUUUAGUUUGCUUUUAAUUAACUAUUUUUAAUUUGCCACCGAAAAUGGCGAAGUCAACAAAAUAACAAAUAUGUGUAGUAACGUCACUCGCAACUGCCCAGAGGUAUUUUUAUGCGUGUAUAUCAAUUUCAGGGAUACAAUGGCUGUAUUUGCGGAGGUUAUAGUGAUGUUCCCUGGAAAUACGACAAUGGCAGUGGGAAAUACAGUCAAUCUUCAAGGUAAGGGCUCUAAUUCUUUUUUAUCCCAAUUGUCAGUAAUGUCCAAAAUCAUACGCACAAUUAAUUUUCUUCUCUUUUUAGUUGUUUCUUGUUUAAUUUGGUAAACUCUAAAGACCUUGCACCCACAAGAUUUGAUAUUAUUCGACCAAAAUAUGCAACAUUGAGCCAUACCAGGUAAGUGUAGUAUAACUACUAUCGUCGCAUCAAAUAAAACUUACUAAAGCUACGAAUAAACAUGUUUGCCGAAGGUGGACAAACCAGAAAACAUUGUUUCCUAGCCAUAUUUUGCGAAGGUGGGAGAACCAUGAAACAUUGUUUCCUAGCCAUGUUUGCCGAAGGUGGACAAACCAGGAAACAUUGUUUCCUAGCCAUGUUUGCCGAAGGUGGACAAACCAGGAAACAUUGUUUCCUAGCAAUGUUUCCUGAAGGUGGGCAAACAAGGAAACAUUGUUUCAUAUAGCCAUGUUUCCCAAAGGUGGAAAACCAGGAAACAUUGUUUCCUAGCCAUGUUUCCCAAAGGUGGAAAAUCAGGAAGCAUUGUUUCCUAGCCAUGUUUCCCGAAGGUGGACAAACCAGGAAACAUUGUUUCCUAGCCAUGCUCCCUGAAGGUGGGCAAACCAGGAAACAUUGUUUCCCAGCCACGUUUCCCAAAGGUUUCUGGAAGUAAGCCAACCAGGAAACAGUUCAGGAAAUAUUAUUUCCUGGCUAUGUGUGCAAACCAAGAAACCGUUUCCUAGUCGUGGGCAAACAUGGUCAAAUGUUUCUGGAAAAAUGUUUUCUAUUCUGAACACACUCGUAUACAUCAAGCAUACUUUCAGUUCCUUAUUAAUUCACAUGUACUACUCCUGUAGCCUUGGUCCUACAUUUGGUGCUGGGCCUGAUUUGUCAAUUGCUCACGACUGUAAUGUGAAUACUGACUCCGGCUCCAGGCUUUCACACAGCUACGGUGGAGAGCACGGUUCACCUACAUCACUCAUGGGAGCUGCUGAAUUUAAAAUCGCUGAUUAUGAAGUGUUUGCGCCAAAAGAAUGCAAAUAACCCUAAAGGAAUGUUAUUCAUCUUGCUACCAAGAGAUUUCGUUAGAUUUUACGUGCGUUCUCUUUUUGGAUCGCAAUUAUAGAAAACAGGUCGGAUUAUGUAAGACAUUGUAUUUUCUUCAUUAUACACAUCUAGGCCAAAAAAAAAUAUGUGGGUUUCUGGUUUCCCGACCCUACCUAGCUUUUGGACGUCGAAAUCCCGACCCUAAACUUUUUUGUUGGAUCAUGGUUGUAAGUGUUUCCACUUAGAGGAAAAAGUUUGUGAAAAAUUGAAAUCUGAGGCAAUAUUAGGGAAAUUUAUCUUUGGAUGUGGAAGCACUGACUAAACAAAAUGGCGUCCGCUUAUUCGGAAAAUUAAAAAAAAGUUUUAAAAAAAAAAGUUAAAACCGACCUACCCUACCUAAGUUUUUAUAAGAAGAAACCGGAAACACACAUAUUUUUUUUUUUGGCCCUAACAAAAUCUCGUUCGGAAAAACGGCUGAAGUACUCUGUAACUACUGUAUAUGUAACUAAGAUAUUGUAAACAGGUCAGUUAGAAACCUAAAUCCAACAAUUUUUUAUUUGACCUAACCUUACAAAGACUACAAAAUUGCCACAGAGAUGCGCAAUUCCUUUAACAUUGCAAAACCUAAUUUGAGCGUGACCACACUACAGUAUGUCCCUGACCAACAACCACCAUUAUUUAACUAGCUAAAGCCUGACGCACAUGAGAACAUAUGGCUGAGCUAAUCAUCAAGCAAGCGUGGCGGUUAGUUUAGCUCUUUACGUUUGUCGUAAACAUAAAGUAAAGCAGGGCCUUUUCGUCAAAUCUAUAGGGUUUGGGAUAUGCUUAUCCACUGGGAAAUUUUUAAAGUCUAAGGUAUUUACAACACAAUGUUUAGUAUUUUUAGGUUAUAUAGUUACAAAAGGCUCUGAAGUAAAGUGCUAAACUAAUAUUUUACUUCGCUCUAAAUUUCAAAAUGGCGGCAAAUAUCACGUUAUUGGUUACUACAGUAUAUAUUACGAAAGUCACGGAACUGUGGAAUCGCAUCAAAAAUUCGUAUAUCGACCACUCCCACAAACCUCUACGACCGCGCCUACAUAGUUUUGCAUGUUUACAAUUCUAAUUUUGAACAGCCAAUCAGGUUCUUGGUAAUUGGCUGUUUAAAAUUAGAAUUGUAAACAUGCAAAACUAUGUAGGCGCGGUCGUAGACGUUUGUGGGAGUGGUCCACAGUUCGGUAACUUUCGUAAUAUUCACAGCUGAGCUUAAAACUCACAACAUCCGCACACGUUGCGAUCCUUACCUCGCAUGGACAAAAUAAUCAAACACGAUAGAAUUUUUCUUCACGGCGUUAGAUUGUGUGCACACGAUAUAGCGAUUUUCUCAGCUAAAUUAAAGCUCUCAUGUGUGACAGGCAGGCUUCAGCUUUCAUAUUCAAAUAUACUAAACUCCUUGGAUAUCACAGAAUGGCAUGAAUGACAUCAAUGAACGAAGAAUGGCAUGAGAACAAGUUCAUUUCAUUGUGACCAAACUGCAAUCUCUCUAAUUAAUAACCAUCUUGAAUUGCCCCUUUCAUCCACAUUAAGUGUAGUGAUAGUCAUCUUAACACAUUUCACAUUUGGCAACUCAACAGUACCAGAGUCAAUUUUUCCACUGCUUGCAGAACUCGAUAGUAACUUAUACCCUUGUUCGUUGCAAUUCCCAGCUUUCGAACUAUCAGUGGUCUCUAGUUUACAUUCAGUCAUAAGAUCAACUGGUGCGAAAUCACUUCCACUUUCAAAAACGAUUCGAGUUAACGUUAGUUCUUUCAUAAAUUCAAGAACAACGAAAUCGUUAAGCUUGACAUUCUUGCCCCAGAAAUAGCCAAGGUUCGAUGAUCUAUAUGGGCCGUCGAUGGUAUUCGAUUCAAACACUUGGAUGUUAGUAGAAAUAAAAGCAUUUGGGUUCGUGGCAUCUACAUAGCGUCUUUUGUUUGGACGGGGUUCAAACUUUUUCAAUCCUCCUUCGACUCUACGAGUUUGACCUUUCAGCGACGAUUCGCGACCAAGAUGUCGAAAUAAUGCUGGACGAUAAAUGUCUUUCGGACUAUUUCCGUAUAAAUGCACAUCGUUAUAAUGCCGGAAUAGAAUAUCGACAGGAAAUAUCCAGUAGUACAUUUUAACAAAUAGAGCCAGUCUGCCCAAAUCAGAUGUCUUGAAAAGCAUACCAAUGAACCCCGAAGUGCCAAAUUGUAAAUUUGACCACUUUGACCGACCACGUGCUUGAAUAAAAUUCUUCAUUUCUCGGAAAUAUGUUUGCGAGACAGAAAUAUCGUCUUCCAAUUGGAGGUAAUAACGACCAAGUUUCCGACAGUAGGCAAACAAUAAUGCAUAGUCAAUGCAUUGUUUUGAACGCCACUUAACACGAUCUGGCUUAUCCUUCCAUAAUGCAGGCAGGUUAUCAAGUUUAGGAUAAAAUGAUAUGUCAGGUUUGAUUACUUCAAUGAGACCCGCGGCAACUUCGUUUGCAAAUUCGUUCUUGAUAAAAUUUACAGUCCUAUCAUUUGGCCCUAGAUCGAAGUUUGCACUGAAGACAACAAUAUGGCAUUGUUUUGUCUCAUUUUCGUUCAGAUAUUUCACUAAAUGUCGUAGUGUGGAUGAGAUAUAGUCUGUAGUGUCUCGUUUCACUGUAGGAAUGCCAAUCACAAUGUCCACUGGAAAAAAAACAAGCUAUA